AAUCCAACAUGGACGACAAGCCGGCUAAAAAAUCAAGGAAAAGAAAACGGCCAAAAUCAGUUUCUGAACCAGUAAAGAAGAGAAAAAAAAGUAAGGAGAAGAGUGAGAAGGAAGUGCAGAAGCCAAAGAUUAUCCCUCAUGCACAUCAGUUGUUCAGGGUUGGAAAAAACACCAAAGAAAGAAUUAAGAUCUCAAAAUUAGCAGAUCUGAUUUUCUUUGCAUCCCUACGAGAUGUUGAUCCCAGAUGCCAGUCCUGUCAGUCCUGGUGUCAGAUAGAAGGUGCUGAUAAAGUCCACAAAGUCAUCAUCAUUCUUGUCAGUGGUGUGGGAGCAAAGGAAUUUAUUGAAAAUAAAGAUUGUUUUCCCAAAUGUAGCAGCUUCUUUGAGUUGGGCUUAAACACCAAAGCAUCAGGAACAGACUUUAGUGUCAAACUUCCUCAUGAGAGCUUACUUUUUGUUGAUAUGCCAAAGAAAGAGUUAAAGAAAUUGAGGAAAAGGCUGGAAAAGACUAAAUUUGGUAGAGAGGAUUACAAAUUAACUCUGGAGGAGAUGCAUGAAAAUAACUUUCCACUGCCAAGUGCUGUCAGUGACAAGAAUGGGGAAACAGAACAUGAUGGGUUUAUUUCAACUAAACCAUUUAAGAAGUCUAAGAAAUCUCCAGAGUCACCAAUGUUUGCAAUCGAUUGUGAAAUGUGUAAGUCAUCACUUGGAAAGGAACUCACAAGAAUAUCAUUGGUUGAUGAAUCAUGUAGGGUGGUUUAUGACACACUUGUAAAACCACCCAGGCCAAUAGUGGACUACAAAACAGAGUUUAGUGGAAUCACUGCAGAAAUGCUGGAGAAUGUAACUACAACGUUAACUGAUGUUCAGAAACAUUUGAUAGAUAUUCUACCAGCAGAUGCCAUUCUUUUAGGGCAUUCACUAGAGUUUGACCUCAGAGCCCUUAAGCUCUAUCACACAAGAGUGAUCGAUACUUCUCUCCUUUAUGGAGACUGUCAAGGAGUACCUUUGUUUAAAUCAUCAUUACGGAAUCUUGCUCGUCAGCAUUUAAAGAAGGAUAUUCAGAAUGGAGAAAGUGGUCAUUGUUCAAUAGAAGAUGCAAGAACCUGCAUGGAAUUAGUUCAGCUUAAAAUUAAAAAUGGUCCUAACUUUGGAAAAACCUUGUCAGGAAAGGAAGGAUUUUUCAAGCGAAUUGAACGUAGUAGGAAAAGAGGAUCCAUCCUAGAUUUUCCUGGAGUAGUAAAAAAGUUUGGCAAAGGCGCAACACAUGCAGUAACUUGCACUUCAGAUGAAGAGGUAGUUUCUGGCGCGGUUAAAAUAAUGGAGUCCUCCGAUAUCGUCUGGACUCAUCUUCAUGAAGCUGAGAUGUUUUUCAAAGAGGAACAGUCGAGCAAUAAUGAAAAUCAGCAAAGAACUUUCAAGGACGUACUUCAUUCCGUGGAUUCAAGUAUCCAGCAAAUCCACGAUGCUGUGCCAAGUGACUGUUUAUUAUUAGUGGUGUUUGGUUGCAGUGAUUUAUCGCCCGUGAUAAGGCUUCAGUCAAAGACAAAAGAAGAUAAAGCCAACAGAGCUGAAUUGAAAGAAGUUGUGAGCAAGACAAAGAAUGGACUGUGCUUUCUAAAAAUUACGUAGCGGUGUUACUUUCACAAUCGAUAGCCGUGAAGCAAAAAGCCUUUUAGGAGCUUGUUGAAUAAUGACCAAGUGAACUGUUGACAAUAUUGCAAAAAUAUUCGUCAAGUCAGCUCAGAAGGCUGUUAAUGUACAAGCAUUCACCAUGAAUACUGAUUCCUUCGAGUCAGUGAUUCAUUUGCAAUCAAUUCAAGGAGAGAAAAUAACAAGGGUUUGAAUCAGACGCCGCCGAGUGAGAAAUUCAGGAUAUCCUUCAACGUUUUAUCAACAUGAGAGAACUUUACCAAACCAGUACUGCAGCGGGAAUGUGGUGGAACUAAAACUUUUUAUAUGUAUAAGCUGCCUUUACCUUAAAGCCAUUGAUAGGUUUUACAGGAACAUUUAGCAUGUUUAGUUUUAGUGAACCAGCUGGGAAAAUUCUAUUAACAUUUCAAAAGUUUUGUUUUAAAACUCCGGGCAGUCAAAGUAAACUUCUGUUGUUUGUAAACGAGUUUUAAUAAUCUUAACUCCAAUUGUGUUUUCAUAAAUUGUUUAUGAAACAACGUCUCGGAAUUUAUGCUAAAAAACAUAGCUUUCACACUGCACGUAGUUGGGAGGUAAUUGAACAUUCUCUGAGCUUCUGGAUUAAUUGUAUAAGGAGGUUUUACGGAGGGUUUUUUUUUAAUGUCAGUUUGCUUUCCCGAUGCCCAUAGGUGAAAAAUAUUUGACAUAUUUCUUUUAAGAAUGAUAUAUGUCGGCACAAUUUAUAAUUUUGUCAGCUAUUUUUCCUAAUGCACGACUCAGUCGAAAUGACGUCAAAUGGUUGAGAUCUAAGGACGUUAAAACUCGUUGAGGUUUGUGGUCAAUAAUUUGAAGGCGAAGGAUAAGCACUUUCUCAUUUUCAUUGGCUGCCAAAUUUCAUUGUGGCAUCUGAUAUUAAAUCAUUCGGAGAAACAUUUUACAUACGUGUUUGACAAAGUCUACUUUGAAUAAAUGCGAAAGGAUGUGAA